AGCAAGGAGCGGUCAGUAUCGGCGGCUGAAAACCAGGCGAGCGCGCCGUCGGUGGUUGGAGACCGCCGGGACCACCUCGACUCCUCCUCUGCCGUCCCACCCUGGACACUCCCGAGUCUUGGCCCGGGCGACGUGUGCCAUGGGCUCGCCCUCCUCCUCCCUCCAAUACUGCCUCUUGGAGAAGACUCCUUGAGUCCCGGGUUCUCUUUUCCACCUCCGGAAAAGGGACGCGGGAGGGACGAGUAACGCUUGAACCCGGCUCUGCCUAAGGAAAAUGCGAGCCGGGGGGUUGCUGGCCGCCGGUUUCUCCGUGCUCAGCCUUCUCGCUCAAGGUUAUCUAGCUGGGACGACGGCAGAAGACCCCGAGGAACCCAACGGGACAGCCAAGUUGGAAGAGGAAGACUCCGGGACGCCGCCUCCCCCUUUCCAGCCGCACCUCAUCUUCAUUCUGGCGGACGACCAGGGCUUCAGAGACGUUGGUUAUCACGGCUCAGAGAUUCGGACUCCAACCCUGGAUAGACUCGCCGCCGAAGGAGUUAAGCUAGAGAAUUACUAUGUCCAACCCAUGUGCACCCCGUCCAGAAGUCAGUUCAUCACUGGGAGGUAUCAAAUCCAUACUGGCCUUCAGCAUUCUGUCAUACGGCCGACCCAGCCAAACUGCCUGCCUCUGGACAAUGUGACACUACCUCAGAAACUGAAAGAAGCAGGUUAUUCAACCCACAUGAUUGGCAAAUGGCACUUGGGCUUUUAUCGCAAAGAAUGCAUGCCAACUCAACGGGGAUUUGAUACCUUUUUUGGCUCCCUUUUGGGUAGUGGUGAUUAUUACACCCAUUACAAAUGUGACAGCCCUCGAAUGUGUGGCUAUGACUUAUAUGAAAAUGAUAAUGCUGCUUGGGAUCAUGACAAUGGAAUGUAUUCUACACAGAUGUACACUCAAAGAGUGGAAAAAAUCUUAGCCUCCCAUAAUCCCAGGGAACCUAUGUUCUUAUACCUUGCAUACCAAGCUGUUCACUCACCACUUCAGGCCCCGGGAAAGUAUUAUGAACGUUAUAGAUCAAUUAAUAAUAUCAAUCGGCGCAGAUAUGCUGCCAUGCUGGCAUGCUUGGAUGAAGCUAUCAACAAUGUGACCCGUGCAUUAAAGCGAUAUGGCUAUUAUAGCAACAGUGUUAUAAUUUACUCUUCGGACAAUGGAGGCCAGCCAACAGCUGGUGGAAAUAACUGGCCCCUCAGAGGAAGCAAGGGGACUUACUGGGAGGGAGGGAUUCGAGCUGUUGGCUUUGUUCAUAGCCCUUUACUUAAAAUCAAGGGAAGUGUAUGCAAGGAACUUAUACAUAUAACCGACUGGUUUCCAACACUGAUUACCUUAGCGGAAGGACAGAUUGAUGAAGAUAUACAACUGGAUGGCUAUGAUGUAUGGGAAACCAUAAGUGAAGGCAGACGGUCUCCAAGAAUAGAUAUUUUACACAAUAUUGAUCCCAUAUAUACAAAAGCCAGAAAUGGUUCUUGGACAGCUGGCUUUGGAAUAUGGAACACUGCCAUUCAGUCAGCCAUCCGUGUAAACCACUGGAAACUACUCACAGGGAAUCCAGGGUAUGGUGACUGGGUCCCUCCUCAGUCUUUUAGUAAUGUUGGCCCCAAUCGCUGGCACAAUGAACGGGUUUCAUGGACAGCUGGCAAAACUGUGUGGUUGUUCAACAUCACGGCUGAUCCUUAUGAACGACAGGAUCUCUCUAGGAAGUAUCCAGGUAUAGUCAAGCAGCUGCUGCGAAGGCUUUCCCAGUUCAAUAAAACAGCUGUGCCUGUUCGCUACCCCCCUAAAGACCCCAGGAGCAACCCAAAUUUUAAUGGAGGUGUGUGGGGCCCCUGGUUUAAGGAGAAUAAAAACAAGGUGUUAAAUAAAAACAAACUGGGUAAAAACCAAAAGAAAACCAAGAAGAAAUCUAAUGGGCAGAAAGGGCAUUCCUUGAAUUGCCUUUUAAAUCAAUGAUUUUCAGCUGGAGCUUUAUGCUGCGGUUCUAACCCUACUUACCUUUGUCAAAAGGAUGAUAGGCUGGCUUCCAAGAAAAGGUUUGUAACCUCAGUGUGUCAUUGCUGAAGUGGAAGUGCAAUGUUCUUCAACAUUUGUAAUUGAAAUAUCAACACCAAAAUAGCCAUGGCAAUGGCACUUAGACUUAUAUACCGCUUCACAGUGCUUUACAGCCCUCUAAGCG